AUGGCCUCAAAACUCCUUCCCCGGGCCAGCCGCCUGCUGCGCCCUAUCUCAACUCCUCAAUACAGAUCCUUUUCCGCCGCCCCGCAACGGCUGAGCGACUCGCUCAUGGUGCACCGCAAUAAGCCUGACAACAACCCGACCCUCCCGUUCAAGUUCACCGAGCAGAACCUCAAGGUCGUCGAUGAGAUCCUCAAGCGCUACCCUCCCCAGUACAAGAAGGGUGCCGUCAUGCCCCUGCUGGACCUCGGCCAGCGCCAGCACGGCUACACCAGCAUCAGCGUCAUGAACGAGGUCGCCCGCAUGCUGGAGAUGCCCCCCAUGCGCGUCUACGAAGUCGCAACCUUCUACACCAUGUACAACCGCGAGCCCGUCGGCAAGUACUUUGUGCAGAUCUGCACCACCACCCCCUGCCAACUCGGCGGCUGCGGCUCCGACGCCAUCGUGAAGGCCAUCAACGAGCACCUCGGCAUCACGCCCGGCCAUACCACCGAGGACGGCAUCUUCACCUAUAUCGAGGUCGAGUGCCUGGGCGCCUGCGUCAACGCCCCCAUGGUCCAAAUCAACGAUGACUACUACGAGGACCUGACCCCAGAGUCCAUCAAGACCCUCCUCACCGCACUCAAGGAGUCAGCCACCACUGGGGCCCCCGCGCCCACCCCAGGCCCGCUGAGCGGGCGCAGCACCUGCGAGAACAGCGCGGGCCUGACUAACCUCCGCGAGGUGCCGGAGUGGAGUCCCGAGUUGUUGAUGCGCAAGGACGGUGCGCUGGACGGUGAGGCUAAGCAAUAA